GACGCGUGUAUAUAUGAGGAAUCACACUGAGGAGUGAAUGAGAAACGGUUUACAAGUGGUACUGCAUACUUUUAAGAAAAUGUCUCUUGACGAGAAAUUUAACAAAGCUGCCGAAGAUGUGAAUAAGCUGAAGAGCAGACCCACAGACGAAGAACUUUUGGAACUUUAUGCUUUGUACAAGCAGUCAACCAUUGGAGACUGCAACACAGAACGACCUGGUGUAUUGGACCUCAAAGGGAAAGCAAAGUGGGACUCUUGGAAUUCCAGAAAAGGAAUGUCUCAAGACUCUGCAAAGGAAGCCUACGUUGCAAAGGCUAAUCAACUUAUAGAACAUUAUGGUUUGAACUGAUGAGAUUGUUCUCGGCUAGCUACAAUUCCCUGUAGAGUGUGCUACCAUUGUUUUUAUUUUUUUCAUAAAAUAAAAUGUAUAAUAUAGGAUUGAUUUAAUUAAUUAUAUUUUUUCAUUGUAACCUACAACACACACUGUUACAAAAUUAUGUUACAUUUAAUUUAAGGACUUACUAAUUACACCAUAAAUUCUUAGCAACCUAGAAAUUUUACCGUCAAAUAUUUAUCACUAAUAUAUUUAUUUCUCACUGUGCCAGAAAAGUAACUAUGAUAAACUAGGUAAAAUGUUUCGAUUAUCAGAGAAACAAAUCAAAUAAUACGUUCAUUAAUUUUUAGAAAAAACUGAAAAAUCCGGUGUUCUUGAUGAAAUAUCUCUUUUGAUGAUAAGUGUGUAUUAUCUAUAAUUCGUUUUUCAAUAGUCAAAAUUAAACAUUUUUGUAAUGUGAACAUUAUUACUUGAUUGUAAACCCAAUAUUAUAUUAAGUUUUAUGGAAAAUUAAAUAUCGAGAAUGUGGCCAACAGCUAUGCUCAUUAAAAGGCAUUGAAUUGUAUAUACAGAUAGCCAAUAAAAAUAGCUUUGAAAAUA